UACCCGGCAUUUAGUCAUCCUCAGAGAGCGAUUGCAAUCGAACGUGUUAGAACGGGAAGCAUUUCUGUUCAUUCAUAUAGAUAGGGAAUUUCACAAUUUGUUUUUAAAAAGUCUAGUCAAAAUGCGUGAUUUAAGCUGUGAUAUUACAUUUCCUUACAAUUGGAAUCGUGAGUUUUACUGCGGAGAACGGGUACACAUUUCGGUUGAGCUACGGUGUGCCAAAGUGAUUGUGGUAAAAGGUGUAGAACUGAGUGUCAGUUGCCGAAAUACUGACUGCGACUCGGAUGAUCAGUAUAAACGGUAUAUCAAUGAUCCUGAUGAAGAAAAUGACUGCGAGGAAGUCAGAAAAAGUGUAACUGACUUCAAAACAGACAUCGACCUUCUAGGAAACUACGCAGAUCAGCCAGUCCGAUUCAAAACAGGAACGCACAUAUUCAAUUUGAAUUGCUGGCUUCCGGAAAGGAUCAGCGAUCAUCAGAACUGUGAGGAGCAUGAACAACUCUGCCUAAAUGUAAGCGUAAGAGUUAGAAAAACUGCCAAAAAUGAACAAGAUUUUUCCUACGAUGUGAAUCACACUAAAGAAAAGCGACAAACCAGUUUUACAUGGCCAGGAUAUUACGGUAGCAUUGGGAACUAUUCCAAUGUAGCGAUAGAUAUUAGCUCAUUCCACGUGUCGAAUGUCGAAAAAGCAAAUAAUCGUUACAGCCGUGAGGAAGACUUCGAUGAUAGUAUUUUCGAAAAUUGGUUGGGGUGCAUUCCGAUGCAGGGAGAACUUUCGGACGGGGAGUGUUCCGAAGCAGAUGACUGUUGAUGUGAAAAUAUGAAAGGUGCCAAUCUAAUUGAAUGUAUUCUUGGAAUAGUCAGCUAAAGAUAGCUAUUGCUAACUUUAUGUUAAAUGGUGCUAUAUUAAAACUAUACGAAAACAUAAACAUUAGCAUUGUCCAACGUUAACCAAUAGCUGACUAAAAUGUAUGUACUGCUUAUUUAUAUGAUAAAUUAGAGUUUCUAGAAAAUUUGUGACAAUGUACUGUGAUAUUCGAAUGAGGAUGAUACAAAGAAUCUCUCUUUAGGAUGACUAGUCAAAUAAACUAACUGAGUAAUAUACUGAAUAAUUCCUAUUGGACCAUCCGAAACGAAAAGAUUUGAUUGAGAUGAAGAUAAAUCGAAGCCACGCCUAAAAAUUUCAAGAUCACGAAUUUAGAGGAGCGGUUCGAGCUAAAACUUGAUCCAUUGCUCACACAAUGGUAACCAAUCGAUCAAUUUCAGUCCUACUUGGGAACUAUUUUUGCUGAUAGCACAUAUGAUCAGUAUCUUCCAAUUAUGUAUCCAAAUUAUUGAUCAUUAAAUCAGGGAUUAUUUUUUUUUUAAUUGAGGGUUUCUUACACUUAUCAGUCAAAGUAACAAUCAUGAUUCGCUGAACAUCAGAAGAGUCUGUUUAUCAUCUUCUGCAACAACUCUGAUUAGAUCGGGGCGAUAACAGUUCAUGACCCAUCUAUACAAACUUCAUACCUUCAUACCUGUUUAUAACGCGUGUAAAAUAAAACACCUACCUCCAAUGGUAAAUAAGCGAGAAAAAUGAGUUUUAUCAUCGCUCGCCCUCUUUGGGGUUCCUGUUGGCUGCUGUAAUUUAUCAAACUUGUUACAACUUGCGAAACAUUGCUGAUCAUGGACCGAUACAGGUGUAAUGUAAUGUUUAGCGUUUUCAGACCCGAACUAAAAAGGCCAGCUCUGAUAUCUUCCUUUACAGCUGACUUAUAAGUUCCUAUAUUCGUAUUAUAUACGAUGACAUUUUUAUAAAUUAUGAAUUUUGCAUAGAUUUCAGAAAUGUCCGAUCAUACACAAAAAGACUGGUUUAUCUUGCAUGUUAUGUCGAAUGUAACACCAGUAUUGUAAGCAUUUGAAAUUUCUCGCGAAGUUCGUUCCGCUUCCAUGGUUAGCAGUCAGUUGAUUUUUCUACCCUAAUCUGCUACCAUCACUUCUCACACAUAGCACGAACGGUAGAAUGCACAACAAGGAUGAAAAAAAUCGCCUCUAGCGACAAAACACACAGUAUUUGAAUGGUUUAAGAUGGCC